GGGCCGGGGGUGGGGGCGAGAGCCGGCGCCCCCCCCCCCGCGCGCCCCCUGCGCCCCCGCCCCCCCGGCCUGAGCGGGGCGGGCGGAGGAGGGAGCGGCGGCGGCGGCGGCGGCGGCGGCAUUGUGCGCGCACCAGCAGCCCGGCCCGGGAGGAGCAGGACGCGCCGGGGCCGCCUCCUCCCGCACGGACCCAUGAACCAGCCGGGCGGCGCGGCGGCUCCGCAGGCUGACGGAGCCAGUACAGCUGGAAGGAAAAGCACCUCAAACAGGGAGCGCUUGAAGCGCAGCCAGAAGAGCACCAAGGUGGAAGGCCCAGAGCUGGUGGCGGCCGAGGCCUCACUGAGUGCCGAGCAGGGGACGAUGACUGAGGUGAAGGUGAAGACAGAGCUUCCUGACGACUACAUCCAGGAGGUGAUCUGGCAGGGUGAGGCCAAGGAGGAGAAGAAGGCGGUCGGCAAGGAUGGCACGGGCGACGUGCCUGCCGAGAUCUGCGUGGUGAUCGGCGGCGUCCGCAACCAGCAGACCCUUGAUGGAAAAGCUCCUGAAGGCAGCCCCCACGGUGGAUCUGUGCGAAGCCGGUAUUCAGGGACCUGGAUUUUUGACCAAGCAUUGAGAUAUGCAUCUGGGUCCUAUGAGUGUGGAAUUUGUGGCAAGAAAUACAAGUAUUACAACUGCUUCCAGACCCACAUGCGGGCACACCGAGACACCGAAGCCACCUCAGGGGAGGGAGCCUCCCAAAGCAACAACUUCAGGUACACAUGUGACAUCUGCGGGAAGAAGUACAAAUACUACAGCUGUUUCCAAGAGCACCGAGACCUGCACGCGGUGGAUGUGUUUAGCGUGGAAGGGGCCCCUGAGAAUCGGGCAGACCCCUUUGACCAAGGCGUCGUAGCCACUGAUGAGGUGAAGGAGGAGCCCCCGGAACCAUUCCAGAAAAUCGGGCCAAUGAACAAUAUUACAUCAGACAUUUUUAAGAAGAAAGAAGUUAGGCAGUGCCAAAAGAGAGAAACUGGCAAUUACACCUGUGAGUUCUGUGGGAAGCAGUACAAAUACUACACGCCCUACCAGGAGCAUGUGGCCUUACACGCCCCCAUCAGUACUGCCCCCGGGUGGGAGCCACCGGAAGAUCCAGACACGGGCUCUGAGUGUUCACAUCCAGAGGUCUCCCCGUCUCCACGCUUCGUGGCAGCGAAGACCCAGACGAACCAGUCCGGGAAAAAAGCUCCGGCCUCCGUGGUCCGAUGUGCCACACUCUUACACCGCACCCCUCCAGCCACCCAAACCCAGACGUUCCGCACUCCAAAUUCGGGAUCUUCAGCGAGCAAGGCAACUGCAGCAGAAAGCGCUUUCAGUCGGAGAGUAGAAGGAAAAGCACAAAACCACUUUGAGGAGACGAACAGCAGCUCCCAGAACUCCAGUGAAACUUCAAGUCCCCUGAUUUCCAAUCCCUUCCCUCUCCUACAGAAGCCCUACACCUGCGGCGCCUGCGGGAUCCAGUUCCAGUUCUACAAUAACCUGCUGGAGCACAUGCAGUCCCAUGCAGCUGACAAUGAAAACAACGUUGCCUCCAACCAGUCCCGAUCACCACCCGCUGUGGUGGAAGAGAAGUGGAGACCACAAGCCCAGAGGAACAGCGCCAAUAACACCACUACCAGUGGUUUAACACCCAACAGCAUGAUCCCUGAGAAGGAGCGGCAGAAUAUCGCUGAGCGGCUGCUGCGGGUCAUGUGUGCUGACCUGGGUGCUCUGAGUGUGGUCAGUGGGAAGGAGUUCCUGAAGUUGGCCCAGACCCUGGUAGACAGUGGCGCCCGCUAUGGGGCCUUCUCAGUCACCGAGAUCCUGGGCAACUUCAACACCCUGGCACUGAAGCACCUGCCGCGCAUGUACAACCAGGUGAAGGUGAAGGUGACCUGUGCCUUGGGCAGCAAUGCCUGCCUGGGCAUCGGGGUCACCUGCCAUUCGCAGAGUGUGGGCCCCGACUCCUGUUAUAUCCUCACAGCCUACCAGGCGGAGGGGAACCACAUCAAGAGCUACGUGCUGGGCGUGAAGGGCGCGGACAUUCGUGACAGUGGCGACCUGGUGCACCACUGGGUUCAGAACGUGCUGUCGGAGUUCGUGAUGUCAGAGAUCAGGACCGUAUAUGUGACAGACUGCCGCGUGAGCGCGUCCGCCUUCUCCAAGGCUGGCAUGUGCCUUCGCUGCUCAGCCUGUGCCUUGAACUCGGUGGUGCAGAGCGUGCUGAGCAAGCGGACGCUGCAGGCCCGCAGCAUGCACGAAGUCAUCGAGCUGCUCAACGUGUGUGAGGACCUGGCGGGCUCCACGGGCCUCGCCAAGGAGACCUUUGGGUCGCUGGAGGAGACGUCGCCACCGCCCUGCUGGAACUCGGUGACAGACUCGCUGCUGCUGGUGCACGAGCGCUACGAGCAGAUCUGCGAGUUCUACAGCCGGGCUAAGAAGAUGAACCUCAUCCAGAGCCUCAACAAGCACCUGCUGAGCAACCUGGCGGCCAUCCUGACGCCGGUAAAGCAGGCGGUCAUCGAGCUGAGCAACGAGAGCCAGCCCACCCUGCAGCUCGUGCUGCCCACCUACGUCAGGCUGGAGAAGCUGUUCACGGCCAAGGCCAAUGAUGCAGGCACUGUCAGCAAGCUCUGCCACCUCUUCCUGGAGGCACUCAAGGAGAACUUCAAAGUGCACCCCGCCCACAAAGUGGCCAUGAUCUUGGACCCGCAGCAGAAGCUGCGGCCCGUGCCGCCCUACCAGCACGAGGAGAUCAUCGGCAAGGUGUGUGAGCUCAUCAACGAAGUGAAGGAGUCCUGGACUGAGGAGGCCGACUUCGAGCCCAGCGCCAAGAAGCCCCGCUCCACCACCGGUGAAAACCCCACAGCUCAGGAAGACGACCGGCUUGGAAAGAACGAAGUGUAUGAUUACCUGCAGGAACCCCUCUUCCAGGCCACCCCUGAUCUCUUCCAGUACUGGUCGUGCGUCACCCAAAAGCACACGAAACUCGCCAAGCUCGCCUUCUGGCUCCUGGCAGUUCCAGCUGUGGGGGCCAGAAGUGGGUGUGUAAAUAUGUGUGAACAAGCACUUCUAAUCAAAAGGAGACGGCUGCUCAGUCCGGAAGAUAUGAACAAACUCAUGUUUCUCAAAUCCAACAUGCUUUAAGACUUCGGGGGAGAAACAAGAACAAAAAGAGAAAAAAGUGAAGAGAACAUUAGGAAAAAAACACACACACACAACACUGUCACAAACAAAGAAAAGGAAUUUAAGUUCUAAACACUGUGGACCUCAUUAUAAAUGCCCCCUGGAAACUUAAGUGCUUUUUCUCCCUCUGUGUGUGUGUGUGUGUGUGUUGUGUGUACGCGCAUGCGUGUACACACCCACACGUGUGUGUGCAUAUUCGAAUGCACAUGCUGUGUUCAUGGGAGUGGGUGGGCUCUGUGCUAAUGUGUGUGGCCAGAGAAGCUUCCCACGCAUGUGCACACACACAACCCUGGUGCACGCGCACAUGCCUGUUUGCAGUCGCGUGUGCAUUGAACUGGGUGUGUCAGGAAAGCUGAGCGACUGUGAAAGGGAGACGUUUCACCUCCUUUUCUCAGUGAGGGGGCUUUAAAGACUGUUUUCAGGUGUGCAGAUUGGUAGAAAGCUGAUGUUGUGAAAUGUUCAGGCAGCUGAGAUCUGAAGUGACUUGACACUCUGCCCUUCACCCCUAUCUCCCGUCUCCCUGUCUGCCCCUGCCCCUGCCCUGGCCUUCCCCCCCAGCCCCAGCUGCUCUGCCAUGGAUUCUCCAAGCUGCAUCAGAUGGACGGUUUCUGCACUGGACUUUGUUUCUCGUUCACCUUCAGGGCAUUGAGCUGCUGCCUUCAUGAUACCCCUUGGGUGUCCCGGGGCAGCGCCUUAGAAACACAUCUAUCUCCCCAGAUCAGGAAAGGAGACUUUUAAGAAUAUAAAGCUGACAUUUUACUUUUUAAUAUAAGAGAGGAAAAAAGAAAAGACAUUUUCAGAAAAGUAUAGACACUGUCUCCACUCCUUAAUAAUUUUGUUUCCUGACAUUAUAGCAAUUUUUACCUAGUUUGAGGGAUUUGUUUUAAUUCUUCAAAUUUGAUUUAGACUCUGCUAGGAGGCACUGAAUGUCUAUAACUUAUGUUUUUUGGAGUUUGGUUUUUACUUUGCCCCUUUUGUCCUCGAAUCACACUGUAAACUAGCUCAUCUCAGUGGUACACUCAGUACGCUAAGGUUUUUCUCAGCCUUCCCUGUGAAGUUCUGUUCUCACGUUUUGGGCAGCCAAGACCAAGAUCUUGUCUGUACUGUUUAGAGACCGGGGUGGGGGAUGAGUCACAGAUUCCACAGAUGCUGUGGGGUUUGGCAGAAGCCAUAGGGGAAGCAGUUGGCUUAGGAGCCCUGAAUAUAAGUGAAGAGCCACCCUCCUGGUCCACCGUGUCUAGUACUGCGAAUGUCUGCUUUCUGUACAUUACACUACUCGCCACCUCUCCGACCCUUACCGUUCUGCAGGGACUCCUGAGUUGAUCUGUAAUCACAUCCACCACACCUCAGACCCGCCACAGCCUCUCUUCCCUUCCGAGAACCCAAAGGGUUCUGCAGUCCCCAUAUGUACCUCAGACUUCUUUCCAGGACAGUGGUUGAGCGUGGUCCCUUGUGGGCCAAACAGUUGAUAUUCCAAGGGUGGCAAGGCAUUCAUCUUGAUGUUGUGAAAGGUGUCAUUAGGCUCUUCUCUCCUGUUCCCUAGCCAUUGCAAUUUAGGUUCUGCAGGCAUGGUCCAAUGCCAAAAGGGAAGCAUGCACCCCACUCCCUUCAUGAGAGGUGGUACCAUCAGGGUCGAUGCCCAACCCUCAUCCCACCUACCAGUGGAUAAAGUGCUAGUGGUCCCAUGUGGCCCAGUGACCAUGGCCGUGGGACAGGGCUGGUCACACUAAGGGCUACAGGCUGAGAAUGACUACCAUUGUAGGGAGCUAUUUUUGCAAAGGCACCUUCUGCCAUCCUGGGGGUUGGCUGAGUCAACUCCACCCCUUCCCAGUAAUAAAACCUUACUCAACUGCAAGAUACCUCGACUACAAAGAGCACUGUACUGCAGCCCUCUCCCUGGGUCUGUGGCAGGAGAAGGAAUGAAGUUGUUUGAAAAACUCAAGAAGACUUAGGAUCGUGGCCCCAAACCCUGCCCCAGGGGCCAAGCCUGCACACUAUGCCUCAUGAGAACUGACCCAGCUCUCCCCUCCAGAGUCUUGAACAUACAGAGAUGGCUCAAACUGGACCAUCUCCCCCAUUUGCCCCCAGUAAGCCGUGGUCUCAGGAACCGCCCUGCCAUCUAUUUCCUCUCCUGCAGAAGUUCUAGGUUUUUCCUACUGGGGCCCAUUCUCAAAUGAGCCUCCAUCUACACUGGAGCAGAAACAGGGAGAAGUUUGAACAGGAACCUGAUGUCACUUCCUAGAGAGAAUGGAAACAUCAACAGACUUCAGUUGGACUUUUGGGGGCAUCCCAGGUGGCCUCGAGGUUGCUGGUGAUGGGCAGACACUUGCAGCAGAAGCCUCACUUGUGCCAGGGAAGGUGCCAUGACCUGAAGACUUAAACACACAAGGAGGAUUGGAGCUGCCCACUUCAUGGGAACAGAGCCUUGAAGCCCAUCCUCCCACUGCUUGGAGCAGAACUGUGCUGGGGGUGUCCCAUUGUUGGGCCAUUUUAUUGAAAACUGGGCAUUUCUCUUUUCUUGUAAAGCCAUCAGAAGCCAAGCCCCAGAUGUGCAUUGAGACCACUCACCAUUCUCUGGAACAUGAGAUGUCUGCCCUCCAGAAACAAAGAGUAAGUCCUAUCUAAUACCUGUUCAUAGGUUGUCACCUCCUGUCCCAUGUUCCUUUCCACCUCAGUUCAGUACACGGGGGUGGGCUUACCCCCUGCAGGUUUCCUGUGAGUGCCACUAGGUACCCAGAAAUCUGUCUUCGGGGGCUGCUUAGUCCAGGUAGAUAAUGGGAUGGCAGGUAGUCAUUUCUUUCUUGCAACCUCUGUUUUCCCCAGAAACUAGUGUCACAAAUAGGAAAGGCUGUAUCAAGGUGCCCUCUCAGUCUGCUUUCUCACACAGGCUGUUCUGAAAGUGCAAAUCCUACGCAACCAACAGCUUGAUAAAACCCAAAGAUCUCACAGGUCCAACCACUGGCCCCCUUUGUCUCCAGCAAUAUCCACCUUACCAAAUUCUAGUUCAGCCAAAGGAUUGAGACCAGUCGUUCCAGCUCAUCUCCUAGUGCCUGACCUGGCCUUCACUUUUGGAAGGAUUUUGUCAUCUCCUCCCACCCCCCAGGUCUGAGACCACCGCAGGUCUAUCUACCACAGGCCUUUGGGGACUUAGGGAUGAGGAAGUUGGGCCCUUUCUACCAUAUUUUCAGCAGGUCAAGGUGGUUGCCUGCUGAUUAGGGUCAGCUCACCUUAAGCCACAUGAUUCCCAGAACAGAAAUGGCCUUCGUUUUGAUAUCCACAGACCCAAGAGGGGAGGGGAAGAAAAUACAUCCCCACUUAGCAAGUCUGUUUCCCCCUUAACUAAGGUCAGCUUGCUUCAAGAACAAAGUCCAAGCCAAGGACCGCAGCAUCAUGGCUGGCCCCUUGGACUUGGAAUGGCCCAAGAGGUCCACCAAGAGCAAGGGCACCAUCCCCGUCACACAUGGAUUUCCUUGUCCCAGUUCUUUGUCUCCUGAUGUCUAGGCCGGCCCAGCCAGGUCUCCCUCCAGUGUCAUUUAGAAAUCAAAAAACGAAAUAAGUGCCACCUGAGCCAAACUGGCUGUGCUUCUCUGGGGGAAGACAGAGGUCACCUACUGUGUCACAAACAAGGAAGCUUCAGCACCAUCCCACUUGGGAGUUGCAUGCUUGGUAUUUGGGGAUUGGCUCCUUGGCUGGGAAAAGGGUACUGAGGUUUCCUGGCAAGGACUGAAGAGCUGUCCAGUGACACACGUGAGAAGCUGUGGGUCUCCAGGAUUCUAGGAAGACACCAGGUGUGUACACUGGCAAAGAGUCCUCUGGGUUUGACCUUUUAUCUCUGGCACUUUCAAGAAACACCAGAGAAGAAUUCCGUAGGGUAUGUUUUCCACUGUGAAGCUGAACCUCUGUCUUUAGGAGUCCCCUGUUCUUGAGCAAUGCCACCUGCUUCCCCUGGACUUGGGCUGGACGCCUUGAAGAGUGGGCACCGGGAGGCGUAUCAAGGAUCUAGCACAUGCUCUCUGGGAAGAUGGGAUGUGGAGGGAGAAGGGAGGGCCUAUGAGAUGGCCCAACAGAGGACAGUGCCCAGAUCUUGUCAUCAUGACGGAUGUGCUCAAAGAGAAAAUGCACCUGAUGGGCGACCAAGUCCAUGGCUUUGCCCUUGCUGUGGGAAUGGCGGCAAUGUCUGUGUCUCUGGGAUGCAACUGGAGGAGGGCUCGUGGGAAGGUGAAUGGUUUAGACCGAACCAAGAAACUUAAGUAAAGCCCAGCUGUCCCCUGGAGCCAGUGGAAGGAGCUCUUGUCCUGGCCAGCUGGGCCAGUGGGAGAACUGGGAAGGAGGCUGUCCUCCCUUCACUGUGGCUAAUGUUUGCUAGGCCAGUUAUGGCGAACCAAUGAUACAGUGUUUUCCCUCUUCUGUUCCCCUCCUAGUUUCCCCCUUUCGGGGUUUUCUAGGGGAUUUCGUUGUCGUAGUUGUUGUUUUUCUUCCUCUCUCAUUUGGGUUUGAGGAUAGUGGUCAUGGGAGCCCUUUGCUGAAGGAUCCCUGUGGUCUCUGAAGAGGUGCCUGCUGCGAGUGAAGAUCGCCAGGUCCCUGUUGGACAUGUUCAUGCCCCCACCAACCACCACAGGUGUCGCUUUAAGGAUUCGAUUCCUGUAUGGGGAAAGAUUGGCUGGGUUUGCAGCUCCGGUCCCACCCUCCUGUAUGUCUCAGUGGGCACCUUGACUCUUCAAACCAAAAUUCCUUAAAGGGGCACAGCCCAGCCUUGUCUGCAACCUCAGGAACCUGGCAUUCCUGCAGCACUUCCCAAAGUCCAGGCUGGCACAGACUACAUAGUCUGGGGCCUGCUGGAAGGAGGCACUCCUCCCACAACCCAGGUGCCAGCCAGUCUCUGCCUAGGACCCUCCCUCUGGCCCGGCCAGGCUUCCCAAGUGAUGAGUGAGCAAGGUCGUGGACUGACACGGGGCUGGGCCUCGGCCAGUUGGGAGAAUGCAAGGGCCACGCUGUGGGGUUGGGGACCCCCAGACCCCAGGCACCUCCUCCAGGGCCAUUCAGAUCCCAGGCAUCAGGAAAUCAUUUUUUUUAAACAACCUGAAGCAGAGAUAUUUUUUAAAAAGCGUAAAUUAUUUUGAGUUUUCUGAUCCUACCUUUUCCUUUUCACGUCAGUGAAUUUGUUCACAUCAGGUAAAUCUUGAGAAAGCCUUGGUGCCCUCCCCCCCCCACUCAGUAACCACGUGCGUGCACACCCACCCUUUCUCAGUAGUUAAGACGUUCUAGGCAAUACCAUAGACACAUCUGACUGUGUCUCUCUCUCUUCGACUGCAAGAAACUCAAGUCAUCUUAAAAAAAUACAAAAAAAAAUUUACAAAAAAACAAACACAAAAAAAUAUCUUUUUUAGGCCAGAGUUUUCUACAGGUAUUAAUGAAUAUUUUUCUUAAUCCUUAUAAGUUUUAUGUGUUUAAUAUUUCUUAAUACCGGUAGCAUUAAUUUAUACUUUUGUAGCAACACAAUAUUUUUAUAAACAGCCAGUGCUUGGCUCAAGUCUUCACGAGGGGUUUAUGCAGGGCCAUCUUGGGGACCCUGUGUACCAUGUACUGUAUUUAAAAAAAAAAAGUUACCUAGUGUCACACUUGCUGUGUUAAAGUUGUGUGCGGUCUCCUGUAUUGUUGGUGUGGAUCCAACAGCUCUCCAAGGAGUCAAUUGCAUGGGGGUUGAGUUGACAGUUCUUGUGAUAUGCAAACCCCCGAGACCAAACUUGAGGGUUCAUUUAGGGUUUUCUGUUUGUCCUUCGGGGUUUUGUUUGACUUAUGUUUUGGUACUGUUUCUCCAUGUACAGCCAAAUCAGUUUCAUGAUGUUUAAAACUUUUACUGAUGUCAAAUGGAGGAAAGGAAUAGAGAAAAAAAAAAAUUUUUUUUUUUUUUACAAAGUAAUAAAAGUUUAAAACUGAGCUGUUUAAAUGUUACUGUUUUCUACCUGUGUCUGUUUUUGUCCAAAAGUGGAACAUUCCCAAGGGAGAAGAGGAAGGUUCCAUUGGGUUCCUUAAAUCACCAAAAGCCCCAGCCCAAGAUUCAGUACCUCCCCCAGCCCCUGAAUUCUUGCAACAUUAUUUCCCAGUUGGUUGACGCCAAGGCAAAAAGACGCCCUUUUAAUGGUUAGAGAGGAUCAGUUGCAUAAAUGAUUUCAUGUCAGUGUUGUAUUUAUGGUUUUACAAUAAAACGACCUUUAGGAAGA